AUUUCACAAGUGGUGUGUGCUUUUGUUCCAUGCAUAUGCUCUUAGCGUUUUAAUUUUUUUUUCAACUUAGUUUUGUGAAGAGAUGGAGGAGGGUUUGGUCGUGAAAGGGAGGGUGGAAAUCGAUACACGACAACCGUUUAAGUCUGUGAAAGAAGCCGUUCUGCUGUUUGGAGAGAAAGUUUUAGUACGCGAGGUUUACGCACAAAAGCUCAAAGAGAUGGGAAGCGAAAGGGAAAACAACCAACAUGCGAAAACAAUCGUCGUUGAAGAGAAGAAACAAACAUUAGAAAGUUCUAACGACGAGGCAAAACUAAUGGCCUACUAUCUUAUGUCGCUUAAACAACAACUUGAAGAAACAAAAUCGGAACUCAACCAAUUGAGGUCGACAAGAGAACCCUAUCCAAGCAAUCAUAUAACCCCUGUCCCUGAGAUAGAAGAGAUCAAGUUUAUGGAAAAUUCGAAACCUACUCAAGCAAAACAAGAUAAACACGAACAAGUCGAUGAUAAUUUGUUCGAAUUAAAACGAGAGGAUUCGGAAAAGUUUCAGACUCCACCAACAAAGGUGAUCGCUGAAGUACCAUAUGAAGUACCAAAAAUACAAGAGAGAAGUAAUUCAUCAUUCAAGAUCAAGAAAACUAAAAAGAAAACUCUAAUUCCAUUGCUUAGUGGGAUUUUCUCAAAAACUAAAGGGUAAUCAUCAUUGAAAGAGAUUUUGCGUUCACCUAAACCCAAGUUUUUAAUUUAAACUUGGAAUAUGAUGUAUGAUUCGGUUCAAGUUUGUUUUAUUUUGUUUUAACCUUUUAAUUUGUUAGCCUUGUUUUAAAA